AGUGAUCAUGAGUUCUAAUGUGGCAUUUACAAUUGAGCCUUACCGCAAAGGUGCCAAAUUUAAUGAUUGGUUCACUCGCCUGAAAUACCUUUUUGGAUUAAACAAGGUGAAGGACGAAGAUAAAAUGGCGUAUUUGAUAACACUUGGUGGACCAGUUAUAUUCGAGGAAAUUAAAUUGUUAUAUCCUGCUGGGGAUUUCGAAAAAAUUGCUUUCGAGGACCUUAUUGCUAAAUUGAAAAACCGGCUGGACAAGACUGACCCUGACUUGGUACAGCGGUACAAAUUCAGUACAAGAGUUCAACAUCCGGAUGAAACUACGGAGGACUUCAUCCUGGCGUUAAAAUUGCAAGCAGAGUUCUGCGAUUUUGAGAAUUUUAAAGAGAAAGCAAUUCUUGAUCGUUUAAUUGCGGGGAUCAUUGACAAAAACCUAAGGCAAAGGCUACUUAGCGAAGAAAAAUUAACUUUGGCUGCGGCUGAGAAAAUCAUAGCUACUUGGGAGGUCGCCAAGGCGAAUGCUUAUACAACGGAAAAAAAUGGGGAAAAUUCAAAUAUGGUUGCAGCUGUUGCAAAUCAGCCUAGACAUUCCGGGAAAGCUAUGAAAAAGUUGGCAGAUGUGUUUAAGGUAGCCAGUAAAUACCAAACAAAUGAUUUUAAUGUGGGGGCUGGUAGCAGCAGAGGUCCUGUGAAGAGCAGGUUAGGUUUUAGACCUUACGAGUCGGCAACACCUCCAGGUAGAGGAGAUCGUCAGCGAUGGAGACCGCGGAGAAACAACUAUGGCGGAGAACGUAAUGAAGCCCAUGAACAGAGAUAUCGUCCGGACUACUCUCAGAUGUACUGUAAUUAUUGCGGAAUGAAAGGCCAUAUUAGGAAGAAGUGCUUUAAGCUUAAAAAUCUCCAGCGUGACGCGAUAAACUUGGUGGAUUCUUCGGAGCCUUCAACGAACCAUCACAUCAACGAGCUACUUAGUAGAAUGAAGACAGUGGAUUCGGAUGAGGAUGUUAGCGACUCAGAUACAUGUUGGAAACGUGUUAGCAAUGGCUCAUCGUAAUCAGAUAAGGAUCUGUAAGGAGGGAUUGGUCCGGAAUACACCGAACGUCGUGGUAAGAGUACCAAGUCAUCAGGAUGUCGGCCACGAAGUGGAACAAGCUACAGCAAGUGACGAGAGAGCAAAUGACCAUAGAAGAGAACCGGAACCGAUUCCCAAAGGGGACAGAGACAGGUUGAGGAGGAAGCGCGCUAAUCCAUACAUCACAGUUGAGGAACCUCGCAGAUCAAAACGAGUUAGAAAGACGUGGAGAGAUGAAAAUUACCAUUACGAUUUUUGAAUAAUGUUAAGUACUUGAAUUGUAAAAAAAAAAACAUUGAAUUGAUUUUUUUAAAUAAUGUUGACUAAGGUCAAGAUUUUUAUUAUAACUUCUACUUAACUAAAAGGGGAAGAAUUGUUGUGUAUACUAAGCGCCCUGCGCAUUCGAAUAGCCGACGAUCGGCGAUCGUCGUUACAGUUGUUCGUGCCUUUUCGUGCGAUGUUUACAUGUUGGGUGGUUUCCUGAAAGAAAGAAAAUAUAAGAUCAGUUAGUCUGAUUUGUGACACCAAGUA